AUGAAUCCAUCACGCUUAUUGACAGGGCGUCUCGCCGGUCGCCAACUGGCUGCAAGCGUGUCACGACGCUGCAUCUCCUCUACCUCAUCACGUUUCAGUGAGAAUCCUCGAGUUCACUCCAAUGCCGAAGAACAUCGCAAAUAUCAGAAGGAAAAGGCAGACAAUCCACACAUGACAAACACCAACUCAACGAUUCACAACAAGAUGCCGUCGGUGGGGAAAGAUGCGCCUCCGCCAGAGAUGCUUAGUUCUACCGAUCCCAACUAUAUCCCCAAAGACAGAGUCCCGGAGAACACAGACAAGAUGACAGGGGGAACACAACCGGGAGAUCCCAACAAAGUAAGCCAGUCAGAAUAUGCUGUUGGUGAAAUGGAGGGCAUUUCGUUUCGAGUUGAGCCUCUUCGUCGUACGGGAGAGGACCUUCCCACCAUGAGAGCCAGAUUACUAUACCAAAGCAGGAAACGAGGGACAUUAGAGUCUGACCUCCUACUCUCCACAUUUGCAGCAGAGAAUCUAUCCUCUAUGAAUAGAACCCAGCUCGAGCAAUAUGACUUCCUUCUGGACGAGAACGACUGGGACAUCUACUACUGGGCAACUCAAUCCCCAGCCAAUGCCCCUACCUCGCUCGAGACUGCCGAAGGUGCUACGAGUGACAAGAAGACCCAGACGACCGAAUACAUCUCUCCCGCAAACCCGGGGCAAAGUCAAGAGACCGAUGCAUGGAGGCAAGGAGCUCCGCGCAGUGGAGAGUGGGCUCAGACCGUGGGGACUUUCAAGCCAGCGUAUAGACCCGUCCCACAGCGAUGGAGGGACAGUGAUAUUCUGCACAUGCUGCGAAGGCAUGUCAGGGAAAGGAGUGCUGGCGGCGUUCUGGAGGAUGUUCAGGCAACUCCCAACAGCAAAGGUAGCGGUAGUGGUCUCGGCAGGAUGCCUGAUGUCCAAACCUUUGACUGA